UCGGGGAAAAAAAAAGAAAAAAAAAGAAAAAGGACACGUUCGGCUCCGUCCAUGGAGGACGACGAGGACCCUCCCCUCGCAAUCCGAAUAGAGGACAUCCCCGGCGAUAGCCCACCGGAGGCCUCCUCCCGGCGACCGGAUUCACCGGCCGCCGCCGGUGACUCUCCCGUCGGAGUCACCGUCAUCACCGGCUAUCUCGGCGCCGGCAAAUCCACGCUCGUAAACUACAUCCUGAACGCGCGACACGGGAAGAGGAUCGCCGUGAUAUUGAAUGAGUUCGGGGAGGAGAUCGGCGUGGAGCGGGCGAUGAUCAACGAGGGAGAAGGCGGCGCGCUCGUGGAGGAAUGGGUCGAGCUGGCGAACGGGUGCGUUUGCUGCACCGUAAAGCACAGCCUUGUCCAAGCUUUGGAGCAACUCGUGCAAAGAAAAGAGAGACUUGAUCACAUAUUGCUAGAGACGACAGGCUUGGCUGAUCCGGCUCCCCUCGCGUCAGUUCUUUGGCUGGAUGAUCAGCUUGAAUCGGAAGUGAGACUAGAUUCUAUCAUUACGGUCGUGGACGCUAAGAAUCUAAAGAUGCAACUUGACGAGCACCGUAAUUCCACUUCGUUCCCUGAAGCAUUUCUUCAAAUUGCGUUUGCGGAUGUUGUUAUUCUUAACAAAAUUGACUUGGUUUCUGACCGAGGUCAUUUGGAGGACUUGGAAACUGAGAUUCGUAACAUUAAUUCUCUAGCUACUGUGAUCCGUUCUGUCAAAUGCCAAGUUGAUUUACUGAAACUAUUGGAUCGACAAGCAUAUGGUGCAAAGAAUCUAGCUCAUCUAUCAGAGCUUCUGGAAGAUGGAAAAUCCUUGCCUUCCAGUAGCCGUCAUGAUCAUACCGUGAGCAACAUGUGUAUUUACGAACUGCAACCUGUUGAUUUGACUAAGGUUCGCUUGUGGCUUGACGAUCUUCUUUGGGAAAAGUCAUCCAAUAUGGAUGUUUAUCGCUGUAAGGGAGUUCUAAAUGUCCACAGCUCCAAUCAACUUCAUACUUUACAGGCAGUAAGAGAAAUUUACGAGGUCGUACCAGCUCGAGAAUGGAAUCAAACUGAGAAGAAAAUCAACAAAAUAGUUUUUAUAGGUCGUAAUUUGGAUUUGAACAAACUCAACGACUCUUUCAGAGGUUGCACAGUAACAGUGUAACCGUACUUGCUGCUUCUACGGGCGAAUAUUCUCACCUUUCAUGAAUUGGAGGUGUGAUCAAAUGCCUUGCAUGGUAUGUGCCACAAAACAGAAUCAGCUCAAGUGAUUUUUUUUUAAUUAUAUAAGUAAUUGUAGUUCUUUUACUUGUUUUUCUGUGUUUUUCUUUGUUAUGGUUGUUAGGCGCUUCGAAGUUGUUGUAGGUAGUUCUGCUGAGGAUUUUCUUUUCUUCUAAUGAAUGUUGGACUUGUAAUUUUCAUUCUAAAAUGAAUCUUAAUCUGAUCAGUGCUUUGGCCUUUUUCUUGCAUAAA